AUGAAGUUUGCAUUUCCCGCCGUGCUCGCCGCAACUUGUGCUGUCCCUGCAGUUGCCGAAGUUUUCUUCAAGGAACAAUUCAAUGAUGAUGCAUGGACAACCCGAUGGACUGAAUCAACCAAGUGGAAGCCCAAAAGUGAAAUGGGGACCUGGAAGCACACUGCAGGUCAAUGGUACGCUGACGAAAGUGACAAAGGUAUUCAAACUUCGGAGGAUGCUCGUUUCUAUGGGAUCUCUGCAAAGAUGGACAGCACAUUCACCAGUGGCGAAAAGCCUUUGGUCAUCCAAUACUCUGUAAAGCACGAGCAACAGUUGGAUUGUGGUGGUGCCUACAUUAAGUUGCUACCUGGAGGUGAUGAUUUUGACACUGCCAAGUUUGGCGGUGAAACCGAAUACGCUGUCAUGUUUGGACCCGAUAUUUGUGGUUCUUCUAACAAGCGAACGCAUGUUAUUCUUCAUUACGACAAGAAGUCCGACAAUCUCUUAAUCAAUCGAGAGGUUUCCACAGAGACUGAUGAUGUCACACAUUUGUACACUCUGAUUGUCAACCCAGACAACACUUUCCAAGUCCUAAUUGACAACAAAUCGGUUCGCAAGGGAUCUCUCGACGAAGAAUUCGACUUCCUAGCUGAAAAAGAAAUCAAGGAUCCUGAUGCAUCAAAGCCCGCCGACUGGGUUGAUGAAGCCAAGAUGGCCGACCCUGAGGACAAGAAGCCUGAUGGAUGGGACGACAUUCCAGCCGAAAUUCCUGACCCUGAUGCCGAAAAGCCAGACGAUUGGGAUGAUGAAGACGAUGGAGAGUGGGAGCCUCCUAUGAUGGAUAAUCCAGACUACAAGGGAGAGUGGAAGCCCAAAAUGAUUGACAACCCUGAUUACAAGGGACCAUGGGAACACCCAAUGAUCCCUAACCCAGAAUACAAAUAUGAUGAUGACAUGUACAAGGUCUGUAGCAAGGGAUGCACACAUGUUGGUUUCGAGCUCUGGCAAGUGAAGACAGGAACUCUUUUUGACGACAUUAUUGUCACCGACAGUGUUGAAGAAGCCGAAGCAUUUGCGCAAGAAACAUUCUUCAAGAAGAAGGAUGGCGAAAAGACCAUGUAUGACGAGCACAUGGCGUCGCAAGAACCAGAAGACGCCGGCGAUGAUGACUACAUGGGUGACAUGGGCGACAUGGGCGACUUUGACAUGGGUGGAAUGGGCGAUGAAUUCUAA